AUGCUUGUGGCUGGGUCCGAUAACGGCGCAGAAGCAUCCAAUGGAUCGCCAUCGCAAGUAGAACUGACAGAGAUUCCAAAGGAAAAUGGCCACACUGCUGCUUCUGCUGCUUCAGUGGAAGCCUAUGCAGGUGACGAGCCAACUGCCGACAGCAACGGCGGUCCGACAAUAGAACCUCCCACAAUAAAGAAGAGUGACUUUGGGAACUUGCUCGCAGGAACUUUGGGAAACACCCUGGAAUGGUACGAUUUUGCAUUAUUUGGAUUCCUCUCCGACGUCAUUGGAGGUGUCUUCUUUCCGUCGCAUCAGCAAGGACACAUGGCAAUUACAGAGAGCUUCCUGGUGUUUGGUGUGGCAUUUUUGUUCAGACCAAUCGGUGGAGUUGUCAUGGGCUACAUUGGCGACAAAUAUGGAAGACGCAAGGCGUUGAUUAUCUCCAUUUAUUGCAUGGCGUUCCCAACAUUUGCAAUGGGGUGCCUGCCGUCCUAUGAAAGAGUUGGUGAUCUUGCCAUUGUGUUGCUUGUACUUGUCAGAUUGCUUCAAGGAUUCUCUGUUGGAGGACAGCUCAUGGCCUCGGCCGUGUUCACACUGGAAGGUCACGAUAGAGACCACUGGGGAUAUUAUGGCUCAUUGGUCAUGGCGACGGCUAACUUUGGCACGCUAUUGGGGAGUUUUGCGGGAUGGGCCCUCAGGUCCUUUUUGACAGAUGAACAACUAUCUACGUGGGGAUGGAGGAUACCCUUUCUCAGCGGAAUCCUGGUUUCAUUCUCGGGUCUCUACCUCAAAGGGCACGAACUGGACGACGACCAUGGAACGCCAAACAACACGGACAAGAAUGACGGUGCAUCUCCUCCAAACGACAAUCCACUCAAGUUGGCCUUUGCGCGACACAAUCUGCGGUCACUCCUAGCGGCAUCAAUGGUGCCGAUGCUAUGGUCGUCAGGAUUCUAUCUUUCAUUUGUUUGGAUGGCAAUCUUCAUGGCAGAUCUCAUUGACGAUCCUGUGCCGGGUUCGUUUGGGGUAAAUGCCGGCGCCCUCUUCUUCAGUGUGUGCUUGCUCUUCCCGAUAGCUGGCAUGGCGUCUGAUAGGUAUGGCCGCAGAAUCGUAAUGACAGUUGGUGGUUUAUCCGUGGGUAUUCUUUGUCCCUUCUUGAUUGUAUUGAUUGGAAGGGGCAACACAGCUCUGGCUUUUGCUUCCCAGACUGUCAUUGGAAUUUCUCUUUCCUGUUGGGGAGCGCCGAUGAUUGCAUGGCUAGUAGAGUCAUUUGAACCGGAAGCAAGGUUAACUUCUGUUGCGAUUGGAUACAACCUGGCCGUGGCAUUGAUAGGAGGCCUGACUCCUGCUUUGGCCACCUUCAUCGUAGACUCCUUUGGGCCCGUUGCGCCUGGCUUCUUUUACCCUACGAUUGCGGUCGUAUCUUUGACGGGACUCUGGUUUGUGGCCCCUUCGGCAGCAAAACCAAUGCUGGUCGCUUCAGAUGAUGAAGCAGAAGCUGGCAUUGAUGGCGGCCAUACGAGGUCGAAUGGAGACGUUCGGAGGCGACAAAAGAAAGAAUUCUCUGCUGUCCCCAAUGACGAAUGUGUCCCAGACGACUUGGAACUGAUAUAG